AUGGUAAUAUCUGAAUUUCUUCUAACUUGUAAUGAUCCUUUUAUUCUGACUAAAAUUUUGACCUUUCUGUUUGCAUUAUCUCAUUGCAUAUUCUGUUGUGUGAAGCAGUUGAAAGGUAGGGAUACAUCCACUGCAGAAUCUGGAUCAGAAGCUGAAGAUAUUGCAUCCCCAAAAGCAAUGAGGAACUAUUCACAGCCUAGGCUGAUCCCUGUUCCUGAAGAAACUAAGGUUGUUGGGAAAACAAACCACCCUGGUAACUUCUCAGGCUAUGAUGAAUAUGUUCCAAUGGUUGACAAAGCUGUUGAUGCUACUUGGAAUAAACAAACAUCCCCCCUGAUGCCUUCUGCUUCCAAAGGUGCAUUAACAUUGCCUGAAACUCCCAGAGCUCCAGAAGGAAUUCAAGCUCGGAUUUUGCUUACUGCUAUGGCUUUUUUCAUGACACUUUACACUCUGCUGCGCUCAGUAGCUUUCAAUAUAACCAGAAAGCUUCCUGGCACAGUUUCUGGUACUGACCUUACCCCUGAUGCAACUCAAAGGGAAGAGCCUUCUCCAUCUCCACCUCCUUCUCACGCAGAUGCAUUAUCUUCUGUGCUCAAGAGGUUGGUUCUUGAGGAGAAAGUUGAUACACUACAAGCAAAGCCAUCUGAGAUGCCUUACAAAAUAUUUCCAGUACAUCUAAAAUAA